GGUGCCGACCCUCCUCGGUGAUGUCAUUUCCCGCCUCUCCCCGAGCCGAUAUUGUUUUGUUCUUCCGUCAUAUCCGUUUGCGUCACUUAGUGCAGUUUCCGGUCCCUCUCGUUACACUUGGUUGUGACGUCACUUCCUGUCCAGGCUCUGGCUUUCGCUUUCCGGUGGGGAAGUGACGCUGUCGCCGGCAGGGGGCGGGGCCAGCCGCGCUCGGAGCCGGGGACGGAGCCCCAGCCAUGGCCGAGAUCAGCGACCUGGACCGGCAGAUCGAGCAGCUCCGGCGCUGCGAGCUCAUCAAGGAGAGCGAGGUGAAGGCGCUGUGCGCCAAGGCCCGGGAGAUCCUGGUGGAGGAAAGCAACGUGCAGCGGGUGGAUUCUCCUGUGACAGUGUGUGGGGACAUCCACGGUCAGUUCUAUGACCUCAAGGAGCUCUUCAGGGUCGGGGGUGACGUCCCAGAGACCAAUUACCUCUUUAUGGGCGACUUCGUGGAUCGGGGCUUCUACAGUGUUGAGACCUUCCUACUGCUGCUGGCACUCAAGGUGCGCUACCCUGACCGCAUCACACUGAUCCGGGGCAACCAUGAGAGCCGGCAGAUCACGCAGGUGUACGGCUUCUACGAUGAGUGUCUGCGCAAGUACGGCUCCGUCACCGUGUGGCGCUACUGCACCGAGAUCUUCGACUACCUCAGCCUGUCGGCCAUCAUCGACGGCAAGAUCUUCUGCGUCCACGGGGGCCUCUCCCCGUCCAUCCAGACACUGGAUCAGAUCCGCACGAUUGAUCGAAAGCAGGAGGUGCCACACGACGGGCCCAUGUGUGACCUGCUCUGGUCUGACCCUGAAGACACAACGGGCUGGGGUGUGAGCCCGCGGGGCGCCGGGUACCUCUUUGGCAGCGACGUGGUUGCCCAGUUCAACGCCUCCAAUGACAUCGACAUGAUCUGCCGCGCCCACCAGCUGGUCAUGGAGGGGUACAAGUGGCACUUCAACGAGACUGUGCUCACAGUCUGGUCGGCCCCCAACUACUGCUACCGGUGUGGGAACGUGGCUGCCAUCCUGGAGCUGGAUGAGCACCUGCAGAAGGAAUUUAUCAUCUUUGAAGCUGCCCCCCAGGAGACCCGGGGGAUCCCCUCCAAGAAGCCCGUUGCCGACUACUUUCUGUGACACCCCUCCCCCACCAGACUGAGGCUUCC